CAAUGGGGAGGCGCGAAGGCCCCGCCCCGCCGGGCCCGCGGUGCCGCUAAAUGCGGCCCGCGCUGAGGGCUCGGCACGGAGCUGUCACCAUGGCUGACAAGAGCUGCUGUGGCUUCCUGCCGCCCUUCGAGCACUUCGCCACCAACGCCAUCCACGUCGCCCAGGACCCCGAUCAGUGGAACUCCAGGGCUGUGAUACCGCCCAUCACACUCUCCACCAGCUUCAAGCGGGAGGACCCCGAGAAGGACCAGCCUUAUGUGUACAGCCGGUUUGGGAACACAAGCCGACACAUCCUGGAGGAGGUUGUGGGCACCCUCGAUGGAGCUGGAGGUCAAGGACAGAAUUGGGCAAACCUGGCUGCUGCUGAUGGAGCCAAAUACUGCUUGGCUUAUUCCUCUGGAGUGGGAGCAAUUCUGAACAUCUGUCACCUGCUGAAGACAGGAGACAAAAUUGUCUGCACACGUGAUGUCUAUGGAGGCACAAGAGAAUUACUCAACAAACUAAAAAAGGAGUAUAAGUUCAAAGUGGCUUAUGUUGACUGCAUAGACCCAAACAACCUAAAAGCUGAAAUUACACCAGACACCAAGCUGGUUUGGCUGGAGACCCCCACGAACCCCACGCUGAAGGUGAUUGACAUCAGAGCCUGUGCAGACCUGGCACACAGAAUCCAAAAAGAUGUGCUGGUGGCAGUGGACAACAGCUUCAUGUCUCCAUAUUUCCAGCGUCCUUUGUCCCUGGGGGCUGAUAUUUCUAUGUCUUCUGGAACCAAAUACAUCAAUGGGCACAGUGAUGUUCUCAUAGGCCUGGUCUCUGUGAACAGCAAAGAACUUUAUGAGGAGCUCAAAUCCCUGCAGAUUGCCCUGGGAGCUGUCCCCUCCCCCUUUGACUGUUACAUGUGCAACCGUGGGCUCAAGACUCUGCACAUCAGGAUGAAGCUGCACUUCCACAACGGCCUGGCCGUGGCCAAGUUCCUGGAAUCCCAUCCCAGGGUGGAGAAGGUCAUUUACCCAGGGUUGCCUUCCCACCCCCAGUACCAUGUGAUGCAGAAGCAAUGCACGGGUGUUUCUGGGAUGCUCAGUUUCUACAUCAAAGGCAAUGUCAAAAAUGCCUUUGCCUUCCUCAGGAAAUUGAAGGUGUUCUCUGUGGGUUUCAGCCUGGGUGGCUUCGAGAGCCUGGCAGCACAUCCGGCCACCAUGAGCCACGCCUCGGUUCCCAAGGACGAGAGGGAAGCUCUGGGAAUCAGUGACACCCUGAUCCGCCUCUCGGUGGGGCUGGAGGACGAGAAGGAUUUGCUCGAAGACCUGGGGCAGGCCCUGAAGGCUGCGUUUGAAUAAACCUUGAGGAUCUAAAAGGAACUUGGAACUGGACAUGGCUGUGGACAAGGACAUGGAAACCAAACCUCUCCUGCUCUGCCUCUCUCUGCCAGCAGAGCUCUGUGUUUCUCCUGCUGCUGCAGGCCUUGGGGCACAAGGGCUGGUUCCUGUUACUGCUCUCAGAUCACUCUCCUCUCACCCAUCAGCUUGGCUCAGAAACUUGAUUGAGCUCAGAUUUAAUUAAUUAAGUCAGAAAUUUGCUUAAGAGCGUUUUCUGCUCUUGAUGUUUUAUUGAAAAUGAAGUGAAAUCCAACACCUGGUAAAUAAUAACUUUCUAAAGAGGAGACUUUGUCUCUUUUAAGAAAAAAAUCAUGUGCUGUAGGAAUUAUUGGUAUAAUUUUAAUUAAAGCACUAUUUUCCUUUCCUUA